AUGCUGACGUGGGCUGCCUGGGGGCUGCUACUCCUCGGCGUUUGUGCCGUGCCGGCAGAUCCCCCAGGGAGCAUCGCCAUCUCGGUGCCUGGGGAGGAGGGCUUCGUCCUCGCCUGGGUGCCUGGGGCGGCCAAUGACUGCAGCUUCCAGGAGUGGCUGGUGCAGCUGCGCAGCCGGAACCUCAACGGCACGCUGGUGGGCUCCUGGCGGACGGCGUCCUGCGAGGAGGUCCCGCCUCGAAACAGCCCAGAGUGCAAUGCCCGGAUCCUGAGCUGA